UCAUGCAUUUCCCCAUUUCUGUUGGGGAAAUUCCACUUCCACAUCCAAUCUUCAACAAUCAUGACCUGAGGGGCCCCUGUUUUAUACGCUCAAAUCAUUCAAGGGUCCUGUAGCUGCUCUCUUUGAUAUUGAAGCAUUGAUGGUUUGCUGGAAAAUUAGUAAAAGGGAAAACACCACACACAAAUUCAACGCUUUCGCGCGUUGUUGGUGAAUCUAAGAUCAUUUAUAAUCCGGGUUUGUUACAAGUUAUAACUAACUAAUACAAAAACAAACAAAAAGACAUACUGGACCACCAGACGGACCCAGUAAAAAAAUCUCACUCAUAGCAAAGCUAUUGUUAUUGUUACUGUUACUGUUAUUGUGUUGGGUAUAAUAAAUAUAUGGAAUCCGAAAGCAUCCCGCCUUCGGGCAAAGAAUGCGAAUGCGAAUGUAACUACUGCUACCCGAUUAAUAAUCGGUCAUGUACGAAUACAUGGUUUCGAUCGGUGAAACGAAAGCUCGAUGAACUCGAGACAGAGACCCGGAGUUUUUUAAUUCCGGGUCUCUCAGUACCCGAAGUGGCACGGGUGGAGAUAGAAAACGAAUGUGACGUGUUGCGCGAAAUGGUGACAAACCAACAACAAUCGAUUCAUGACCUCGCGGUUGAGUUGGAGAAAGAGCGAAACGCGUCUUCUUCGGCUGCGAACGAGGCCAUGUCGAUGAUCUUGCGCUUGCAGCGCGAAAAGGCGGGGAUUGAAAUGGAGGCGAGGCAGUUUAAACGGUUUGCGGAGCAGAAAUCGAACCAUGAUCAACAAGAGAUUGCCGCGUUGGAAGAGCUUUUGUAUAAGCGCGAACAAACGAUUCAAUCGUUAACGUGUGAAGUACAGGCGUAUAAAUACCGGAUGAUGAGUUAUGGGCUUACAGAAUCUGAAGCAGAAGGUGUAAAAGGUGUGAUCACACAUAGUCACAACAGCAUUGCCUCAAAUUCGGACACCCAAUCGAUCAUGUUCGAUGAAUACCCGCCGCUUAAAUGCCAUACAAACGAGCAACAAGCGUACCCAGAAUCCGAACAUGAAACCGAAAUAAUCGAUAUAGAAAAAUAUGCAUUUAGUGAAACACAAACACCAUGUUCUAUAAAAGACAUUGAACACAGAAUCAUCCAACUGGAAAGAUCAAGUCCACGUCAUCAACCGGUUCUCGAGAAAGUAGUCGUCGGUAACUCGCCGAGAAUACAAAAGCCGUCGACUCGUUAUUCAAUGGACAGUGUGGGUUCGGGUUCGUUCUUCGCAAUGAUUAAAGAAGAAGAUCCUAAUUUUAAAAAGGUCGAAAACGAGUCGGAAUAUGGGAGUGAAAUAAAUGACAGGAUAUAUACUGUAGACGCGGUUCAUUAUGGUGCGCCUGCUGCCACACAGGCGUACCAUAAUGAGCCGAAAGAAAAUAUGAAUGCAUGUGAUGAUUAUAUGAGUAAUGGGAAAGACUCGGUGUGUCAUGGUGAGAUUCAGGAUCCGGAAGUGAUGAAACUUUAUGCGCGACUUCAAGCGCUUGAAGCGGAUCGCGAAUCGAUGAGGCAGGCGAUUAUUAACAUGCGAACCGAUAAGGCGCAACUUGUUUUGUUGAAGGAGAUAGCUCAGAAUUUGUGUAAAGAUAUGUCACCAACAAGCAGGAUGCCUGCUAAGAAGCAAUCUUAUUUUUGGGCUGUUGGUCAAAGUGUUGUAUCAUUUGUCUUGUGGAGAAAAAAUGCAAGUCAAACCAAGUAUAUGACCGCGAGUAAUCGAGGGUUGAUGGUGGUUUUGGACAAGAAUUCGGAGAUGGGGCAAUGGAGGUGUGUUUCAAAAACACAACUUGGGGCAAUGGAGGUGUGCUUGAAGAACACAGCUUUCGCCAAAGUGAUGGUUAAACUGUAAAACCGAAAUUUACACAUUGUUGUUUCUUGUUUUUGUGGUAAUUUAUUUUGUGGGUUUGUUGUUGGCCAAAUGGGUUGUGUGAAUGGUUUUUCCCUUCAACUGGUUUUCUGGUGGAUUAGGAAACAAAGGAUGUUGGAAUUUAGCUCAAAUCAACAAAAUGUAAUUGCUCACUGUAUAUUAUAUGUUACAUAUUUUGGUGUCUUGCCAAUGUGAUUUGGCAGUCUUAUCACCAUAACUUCUA